CGCAGUAAGGCCGGGUUAGAGUUGGGCGCAGCAGAGAAGGAAACGGUGUUUCCGGCUGUUUGAAACGGAGGGAGAGGACUGCUGACGCCGCUGACACCCCGAGAUAAACGCCACCGGCUCUGGGGGACUAACAAUUUCUAGCACCGGUUGUGGUCCUUCUUCGUACGUACCGGGGGGUCCGGGGGCCGGUUGUUUCAUAUCAGCCCAGGGGGUCGCACAGCAAACCGAGUAAAGCGACGGGUGUGAGCCACCAGCUACCGGCAUGGCCAGGGACUACGAUUACCUCUUCAAGCUGCUCAUCAUCGGGGACAGCGGAGUGGGGAAGAGCAGUCUCCUCUUGCGGUUUGCGGACAACACAUUUUCAGGUAGCUAUAUCACCACGAUCGGUGUCGACUUUAAGAUCCGAACGGUUGAGAUCAACGGUGAGAAAGUGAAGCUGCAGAUCUGGGACACAGCCGGGCAGGAGCGCUUCCGCACAAUCACCUCCACAUACUACAGAGGAACACACGGGGUCAUAGUGGUAUACGAUGUCACGAGUGCAGAGUCCUUCGUCAACGUGAAACGAUGGCUACAUGAAAUCAACCAGAAUUGUGACGAUGUGUGCCGAAUAUUAGUGGGAAACAAAAACGACGAUCCCAACUCCAAGGUGGUCGAGACCACUGACGCACAGAAGUUUGCUGAGCAGAUGGGAAUCAACCUCUUUGAGACGAGUGCAAAAGAGAACAUCAACGUUGAAGAGAUGUUCAACUGCAUCACAGAGCUAGUGCUAAGAGCCAAGAAGGAGGUGCUAGCCAAGCAGCAGCAGCAGCAACAGAACGACGUGGUCAAACUCACCCGGAACAGUAAACGAAAGAAAAAGUGCUGCUAGCGACCUCCAAACCAUCCACAGGCCAGCAGCAGCGUAUACUCACACAAGCAUACACACAAGAUGGGACUCGGAGCAUCUAAAUUAAAGAGCAAAUAAAGAUUUAAUAAAUAUACAGAGAAAGAUAAAAACAAAUGGAAAAGUGUCCCCUUUGGACAUACUAAUCGUGAAGACUUAAAAUAUGUACAGAUUUUUAUUUGACGUCAGAUCAAGUUUUAUUUGGAAUUCAGCAGAUGGGCACUAUUGACCUGAAGUCCUUAACGGAUCUGCAAGCUGACUACCAACCGCCAUAAUGGUCCAAUUUCUAUCCACAUAAUCCCCGUAUUCUCUCACCAGAAUCUCAUCUCUCCUUCUCAUUCGACUGCACAUGGGACUUUAAGAGUUGAGUCAGACUCUGCGCCUGAGGAGAAGGAGGGCUCAUCUUCUCUGGAUUGUUGAUUUCUAGGUUUAUUUUGGACAGGGGGGUGGGGGCGUGUCUGGCUUGCAGGGAGGAGCUUUUCAAAGUGGAUGUCUGAGUAAAAGUGAGGUUUCACCGCCUCCCUACAGCUUCAACAUUUCAGACGCCUGUGUUCCCACAACUUAUGCCAAGACAACAUGAACUGCUAGAUUUUGUUUUAUUUUAUUAAAUGGGGGGGCGGGGGGGGGGUCAAACGGAUUAUGUGAAUACAGAUGAUGAUGAUGAUUGGUAGACAACCUUUAGAAACUGAUGCAAUGGACAGAUGUGAUGACAUGUUUUGUUUCUUUGUCUAUAUUUUGCCAAGCUUUGCACCCUCUUCCUUCUAACAUCUAGUCCUGUUGAGCCACAUGAAUUGAUAUUCUGUUUCUCUUUUCUGUGUUUUUAUUUUUAUAAGUGCUGUAGAGCAGUCGAACCACUCCUGGAGCUCUUGGACAUCAAGCUUAGAAAGCUCUGUUCACAGUAGUCUUACGAUGUUUUUCAGAGGUUGCUUUUAAUCCUUUUCCUUCAUCUUUUUUUUAAAUGAUGACACUGCCAAUAUGAUAAAGAAUUUAUGAAGAGCUCUCUGGUGGAGCUCAUGGGACUGUUGCCACAGUGGCCCCUGAUUUGCCCAGAAGCAGGAAGGAUCAAGGUCUCACGGACCCUGACAGGAGGCGCUCAGGACUGCCUUCCUUCUCCUCUCCAGCCACUUUCAACGCACCCACUGAAAACCUCAUAUCAGCACCUCUCAUGGCGAUGGACUCAACUCUCAUGAAAGCAGACUCCUCCAGUCCAUCAAGGGGCACCAAGAGACUCAGUCUGAAAGCUUGCCGUCUCAGUGACCCUGGGUCCUUGGCAGACUGUGGUAUCUGCCCUUGUUUGUGAGCAUGUAACACUUAGUGAAGGGGUAUAGAAGAGUUAAUGCCUGACAUGCAUUUAAGACCAUCAAUGUUUUACUGUAUUUUCUCAGCUUGCAGAGUAUUUGUAACAGUUGACUAAUGUUAAAGUCUGAUGUCAUGUUAUUCAUUGCUUUUCUGUGUUACAACCCCCCCUGCUUACUUUUCAACUCAAGUGUUACUGGACGGUGUUUUCUGCAUCCAUGAUGAGAGUGUGACGGACAGUGGGACUGUUAAUUUAAGAGCAAACAGGGAUGCAGUACUGCCCUAGAUCCAGUGUUCAGGCCAGAGCUCCUUUUCCUCUCCUUAGGCAGGGUUAAACACAGAUGCAAAGACAUUAUACAAUGUCUAUUACUGACAAUGAUUUCCUUUAUGUUGAAUUGGGAGAGCAAUAAAUGAAGAGAGAGCUGUAAGUGUUGGCUUAGACCCUGUAGGAAACAUUACGUUUCCACUCUCUGGACUCUGGGGACCAGUUUGGGAUCCUGAUCCAAGACCUCCAGGGUUACGAACGGAAUAAGACCUCACACAUUAUGAUUUCUAUUCAUUAAGUGUAUGUAUAAAUAAAUAUAUUUGUGUGUUUAUAUUCAGUAUAGAACAAACACACAUAAGCACAUCAAACUGUGCAUGUGUUGAACAUGCCCAUGUGCUUUGGUUAAACACACCUGUCAGCUGUGGUUUGCUGUACACUGGAGAAAAAGAGAUGUACUAUUCAGUUUCCCUACAUGAAUUAAAUCAGUAAUAAGCGUUUUAAAGGAAUAAAUAUUUGACACAUAAUGAACUAUCUCAUGUGUCAGUGCUUUGAGGCUUGGACUUUGUUUUAAACCUGUGUCUUUGAUUUCUGCAAAUAAACUUGUAUGGGAGGA